CGUCCACUCGUGUAUAUAUUAAUAGCGCAUGGUCGUCUUGGACAUUGAGAAGCGGGAGAUUCACGCGCUCUGCGACCUCUUCCACGCCCUCGAUGGCUCGCGCUGGCGGCGCAAGGACGGGUGGCUCAAGCUGGACCAGACCCAAGAAACGUCGUCAGGCGUCGGGCUCGACUGGUUUGGCACCAAGUGGGACAAAGGGCGGCUCGUCGCGCUCGAUCUCAGUCGCAACGACCUCCGCGGAUCGCUCCCUGAUAUCUUUGGCACGUUCAAGAAGCUCCGGUCGCUCCAGCUGCGGGACAACCCGCGUCUCCGCGGGCGACUGCCACCGUCGCUCUAUUCUCUCCAGCGCCUCCAGCUCGUGUACCUCGAUGGCACGCAGCUCGGACACGUCAUACCACCUGCGCUGGCGCACAACCUCCACGUCACCCAGUACAAGUCGGACGCGAUCGCCACGAUUCGCUUCCACACACCAGGGCCGUGCCAAUGGAUGGUCGACAUUUCCGAGCAGGAAAUGUAUGUGGUGGCGGCCAAGCUCGAGGCGGCGAGGCAGCCGCCGCCACCGCGCGCCAUUGAGCGCUCGGCGAUGAACGCGACGGGUGCGGAGCGCACGGCGGCCGCCACCAAGCUGCAGCAACACUACCGCGCGAAAAUGGCGCGCCGCAAGUUUCACGACUUCCUCUCGACCAUCUACGAGGUGUAUGUGGACGCAGCGUCCGGCGCUGCCUACUAUGUCGAUACGCGCACGGGCGACUCGACGUGGGAGAAACCUGCGCUGCUCCGACGCGUGGAGGCAGUCACGGGAACGAAGAAGGCGCCACCGCCGGUCUUGCCGCAGCUCGACGAGUGGCAGGCGCUGCACGACGACGACGGCCACGAGUACUUUUGGAAUCCUCGGACGAACGAGACGCGGUGGGAGGACCCGCGGCGGCGCCCGACGAUCCGCGAUGAGCUUUUACGACGGUAUGGCUUCGAGUCGACGGACGACGAGCGCUACGCACGCCUCUUUGCCGAGUACGACAGAGACCACAGCGGCAACAUCGACGCCGACGAGUUCACAGCGCUGUGCGGCGACCUCGGGUUGCCCAUGGGCCCGGCACAGAUUGCGAGCGUCCUGCAGACGCUCGAUACGUCGGGCGAUGGGCUUCUCAGCGUCGACGAGCUCAAACUCUGGCUCGACGCUGCCCAUUGAGUCGAGUUGCGCGAUAAUGACACUCGAACUCCUU